GCGGUUUGGCAAACCCUCUUCCUACUAUGUGCCGUGCUCUUUAUAAAUGAAGUCCGUUCGGAAGGUAGAGUAGUUUGCUACUACACCAAUUGGAGUGUCUACAGACCAGGUACAGCGAAAUUCAAUCCACAGAACAUCAAUCCAUAUUUGUGUACACAUUUGGUGUACGCUUUUGGUGGAUUCACAAAAGACAAUCAGAUGAAACCCUUCGAUAAAUACCAGGAUGUAGAACAAGGCGGCUAUGCCAAAUUCACCGGCUUGAAAACGUACAACAAGCAAUUGAAGACCAUGAUUGCCAUCGGUGGCUGGAAUGAGGCCUCAUCACGUUUUUCGCCGCUUAUGGCCAACCCGGAGCGACGACAGCAAUUCAUUAAAAAUAUUUUGAAAUUUCUACGUCAAAAUCAUUUUGAUGGCAUCGAUUUGGAUUGGGAGUAUCCGGCACAGCGUGAGGGCGGCAAGCCGCGCGACCGCGACAAUUAUGCGCAGUUUGUGCAAGAAUUACGCGCCGAAUUUGAACGUGAGUCACAGAAGACCGGACGUCCACGUCUGCUGCUGACAAUGGCGGUACCAGCAGGCAUUGAGAACAUCGAGAAGGGUUACGAUAUACCCAAACUGAACAAGUACCUUGACUGGUUCAAUGUGCUCUCGUACGAUUUUCAUUCAUCGCACGAACCAUCGGCUAAUCACCACGCUCCAUUGUACUCGCUGGAGGAAGAGUCCGAGUACAAUUAUGAUGCAGAAUUGAAUAUUGAUUAUUCCAUCAAAUAUUAUUUGAAAGCUGGCGCUGACCGCGACAAGUUGGUGCUGGGCAUACCUACAUACGGACGUUCGUAUACACUGAUUAAUGAGGAGAGCACGGAAAUUGGCGCACCGUCAGAAGGACCGGGUGAACAGGGCGACGCUACACGUGAAAAGGGCUAUUUGGCCUACUAUGAGAUAUGCCAAAAUCUGAAAGAGGACCCUGAGUGGACCGUCGUACAGCCAAAUCCCAAUGCGAUGGGACCAUAUGCAUAUAGACGUAAUCAAUGGGUUGGUUAUGAUGAUGAAGCCAUUGUACGUAAGAAAGCGCAAUAUGUGGUCGAAAAUGGCUUAGGUGGCAUUAUGUUUUGGGCCAUCGAUAACGAUGACUUCCGCGGCACUUGCAAUGGAAAACCUUAUCCACUGAUUGAAGCAGCCAAGGAUGCUAUGCUCGAGGGCUUAGGGCUUGGCAUCAACGAAGUCGCUAAGCCGAAUUCACCCAAGAAACCUUCACGUUCACGUAGUCGUGAGAAUUCGUCAUCAAAAUUAAAUCGCAUUGGUGGCAGCAGCGAAGGUAAGGGUUCAGCGAGUCGUACGACUUUGAGUAGUGGACGACGUCGUAUACAAUCCAGCACCACAACAACAACGCAAGCACCCGAGACCACGAUAAGACUGACUAAUCCAGAAGGCUCUUCAUUGUAUAUAGGCGGUCGCGUCACCACACCAGCUCCACCCACCACGCCUGACCCAGGAACUGACUUCAAAUGCGAAGAGGAAGGAUUCUUUCAACAUCCACGUGACUGUAAGAAAUAUUAUUGGUGCUUGGAUAGCGGUCCGUCUGGUUUGGGCAUUGUGGGCCAUCAGUUCACUUGUCCAUCGGGACUGUAUUUCAACCCGGCCGCUGACUCGUGCGAUUUUGCGCGUAACGUGCCCUGCAAAACGAAGAAAGCCACAACUGCUGCACCUGUAACCAGCACCACGACAACAACUACUACACCACGACCAACAGCUUCCCUCAAUCGUAUAUCAGCCGCUACUUCACGCACAUCUUUCUUUAGAACCACCACUACAACAACAUCAGCUCCAGAGGAGUAUGAAGAAGAAGAGGAGGAGGAGGUGGAGGAUGUACCAGCACAUACUAAAGAUAGAGAUGCCGAAGAAGAUCCACAGGUUAUAAAAGAGCUCAUUGAGCUCAUACGCAAAGUGGGUGGUCUUGAGGAGUUAGAAAAGCACUUGCAACACAAAGAUGAUGGCUCAAUAUCGAUUAAAGGCAGCUCCAGUGAAUCAGGUGUGGCUACCACCCCCACGCCGAUUAGUAAAAAUCUUUACGACAAAGUGCUUAGCAAACCUAACACCUUCAACUCGUUCCGCAAUCGCUUUACCUCAUCAUCACUGUUUAGAAAAUCUGGCCAAACAAAGACGGAAGGAUCGACAAGUACUAAAUUAGAAAGCGAGGAAUCACAGUCUACUGAGGGUGCCAGCAGCAGCGGCUACUCCAAAUACUCAUCCGUCGUGCGCGGUAAUAGCAGGCAGGGUCCGCAAAAUGAGGGACUUGAUAAGUUGUCUGAGUUCGAUGGUUUCCUGAAAGAAAAGAAACAAUAUGUGACAAUAAACAGACAUAGAGGCGCAUUUAGAGGACAAGAUGAUGAAGAUGAAGUGGAGGAAAAGCAAACUGCUGAAGAAUUAAAUGAGAAUACUGAAGAAGAGGAGUUGAUUAGUAGAAGCAAAACCACAAAGCGGCCAACCAACACAGUCACACCUUCGUAUGCAAGCAUAAAACGCACCAGACCAACAACACUUCGUACCGAAUCCGAUGAGGAAGCUGAAGGAAGUGACGAAGAGGUCAAAACUGUAAAGGAGAGUGAAGAAAAGCGCACCUACACCUCACUAAAUCGGAACCGAGGACGGUUUACCACCACUGAAAGCAGCCAGCCAGCAGAGGAAAUUGUCACUAAUUCAAAUAGGUAUAAAUAUCUGGAGCGUACAAGACCCACAAACAGGCUUCAGACAUCGGCCAGCAGUCAAGAUGACGACGAGGUGGAUCAAGAGGAUGAACAAAAUGACAAUGGAUCAGUUGGUGAGCGUACUAUAUUUACGACACCGCAAACACCGACCACGACUCUACUGCACGUAUUCACGCAGACCGAUGACGAGCAGACUAAACGGCCGCCAACCGACAGCGUAAACAUAAUUGGGCGAUUGGUGCCGGAGAGGGCGCGUCCCAAGCACAAAGUGGUAGAGAUCAAUCGUAUUGUUGAGAUCACCUCAAAGGCCGAAAAGCUGCGACGCAAAUCGAAAUCAAAUCAAGAAUUCCUCCAAAAGAUCGAGGAGUCGCAACUACAGGUCGAGUCUUUGCCACAUUUAGAGCAGCUGGGCGAAAUCAGCGUAGUGAAAUUUGUGCAUUUGGUCGAUGGUAGCGAUAUCUCCGUUGAUGGACACAGCACUGUUACCGAUUACACACCUACAGAGCCGACCGCAUCAGCGCCUGUAAGGAAUUCGUUGCCCGAGGGUGUGCCUUACUUUGUGCCACAGUAUAGCUAUUCUACGGAGAGUGCACAAGUGCGCACCACUUUGGAACAACGUAACGGUAAAGCAUUGAUACCCGAAGUUAUACGCAGUGCGGUGGAGUCCUCGACCAUCUCCUUGGAAGGCUUAUUCGAAGGUGGACGGCAAGGUAAAGAACUCAAUUCUGUAAAUAAUGUGUACUACAUAUUCGGUACAGACGAAACAACCACAACUAGUACCGUUAACAUAAACGAGAACGCAAACGUAAAUGAGAACGAAACACAAAACAUAGAAAUUACAACACCAAGUACAAGCACGAGCUCAAGUUUGGCUUUACCGACGACCACGACAUUAUCAACGACAGAAACAUCCACCACCACCACAACUGCAAGCGCUUUGCCCCUAAUCCCGCAUAGCGAUAGUGUAAUUAACAUUCCUAACGAAGUCUUCACAAAUUUAGAAUCCACAACGAUUGUAGGUAAUAUCGUAGCUGAAGAUGAGAACACAACAAUAAUGCCGUUGAUAGCAAACUCAAGCACAAUUGAAGCAACUUUUAGCCAAUACAAUGCUAAUUUAACUGAAGUUAACAGUAAUCUUGUGGAAACGACUACAUCUACAGCGGUUGCCACCGAAGAUACGGCUAGCACCGAUACGGCGGUGAAAUCAAGCACAUACGUUCGCACACCGACUGCAACGACGAUUGUAACCGCCACGGCGCAGACGCGACGACCGGUGCUGAGCGUGCGCCGACGCAAGAUCAAUUUGCCGAACGUUUCAUCAGGUAUAGCUUACCAGACGGCUACCACGUCGUUGCAGACGAGCCAAACGGCGGCAGCAACUACAACUACAGCUACAGCUAAUGCGGACGCUUCAACCAAAAGUGAUGAGCUGCUAAUAAUCACAACGGAAUUACCGACGACGACCUUUAAUAAGCAACAACUACAACGUAAUCGUAAUAAACUGGUAACACCGGCCGCCACAGCAACAACAACGGACGAUCUAAGCGCACCAACAACAACACAAUUUACAGCAGCAGCAAUUACACUGAACAACGCCAACAACAAUCAGAAGAGUUAUUUAAAUACAAAGUACAGAGCUAAGCUGGUAGCAGCUGGUUUGUCAACGAUCAGCGCAUCAUUAGCAACGGAGACACCAAAUGUCGAUGGGGCAGCAGCGGCAGCAACCACAAGAGCCAGCAAUGACAUCAUACAGCAAGCAAAUGUCAACACCAACACCAAACAACCGUCGACUGUGUUGCGCAGAAAAUUCCAAGCACGACGUCUCAUUACAACCACAACGGCAAGCGCCACAGACGAUAGUGCCACCGAACAGCCACGCACACCCAAUCCACUCUUCAAACGGAGAUUUUCGCUCGCCGCCAACCCACCUGCCACAACAAUACUUACGCCGAGUACAAACACUCCAGCUGACGCACUCACCACAACACUCUUCGUCGACGGUUUCGAUGCCGAGGACGCCAGUGAUCAAGUGGCCAAAUCGAGUGUACAUACAAAUCAUUUCAAUCAAUUUGUGCACAAUGCCGAAGAUAAUGAAGCACAAAUACCACCACGAACCUUAACCAGCGGCAUCAAGGCCUCACCACUGAAAUCAAAGUCGCACAUAGCAGUCACAACAACACCAGCGCCCCUUGAGCCGCAACAGCCAUAUGUGGAAUCCAUCACACGUCGUAUGGGCACCGUAGCGGCAACCACGGAAUUCACUGCAUCGAAACGAAAGUCUGUCGCCAACAAACGAAGGCCACAGAAGUACACGCCCCCUACGCCACAAACAUCGACUGAAAGCUUACCGUCGCGACGCGGGCAGUCUGUGAAAGAGGCGGUGAACAGGCGACGGCCUAACAAAUAUGCCGCCGGCGACAGUUUUGAGCGACUAAAUGGCAAUCAGGCGGCACCGGCAAAGACAACCACACAUGUGAGCACGGCGAAGAGCAGCCAUCGACAAGUCGUCGACUAUGACUACUAUGACGAUGAAAAUGAGCGCGUAGUUGGCAAUACCGAAGGGCAGCAGUUGAAGGUGAUUUUGCAUGGACGUGGCAUAAUCGAAUGCCUGGAUCAAGGCAAUUUUCCGCAUCCGCUGUCGUGUCGGAAAUUCAUAUCCUGUGCCAAAUUCGAGACCGGUGGCGUGGUAGGUUGGGAAUAUACUUGUCCGAAGGGUCUCAGUUAUGACCCGGUCGGUGGCAUGUGCAAUUGGGCAGCCGGUCUCGGCUGUAAGGAGUAAUUGGCGGCGGCAUUAACACUUUGAAAUAUAAAUUCUAACAAUAGUAUACCCUUUAAAUAUUGCUAGAAACAUACUUUCGCACAAAUCGAACUGCAAUUUAUAAAUGCAAAAAAGAAUACUCAUUAAAGUAGCUCAUUGAGAGUUUGACGUCUGCGCCGGGACUCAUACAUACUUCAUUUUUAAAACGAAUUUCCUUUAACCCUUGCAGUUAUUUUAUAGUUUUAAUAAAAUUAUGUGAUUAUCGUU